ACAGCUGGUCGUGUUUUGACACUUCUUUGGUGUGUGAUAAAAUAAAUAAUAAAUUUGCACAGAUCUUUUGUGUUGCACGCUAAAAAUGUGGUUCGAGAUCAUACCUGCUGCAGCGAUUAUCACUGUCGCACUCUCCGUGCCCAUAUACGCCAUGUAUGGCCUCCAGAAGCUAACGAUUGGCAAUGCCUAUCGCCGCAACAUGGACGAGCGCUUCGAUCGUGUUAUGUACCAACGCGACUUCCGACUGACCAACAAUCCGUACAUCAUGAAUGGUCUCCACUCUAUUCCAGAUGAAGCUAAAAAUUAAAUAUAAAUUUAGUUUGAAAUUCUUUUAAAUAAGUGCAAAAGUGAAUAAAAUUAUAAACCGAAA